AUGGCUCACCGGAAGGCGCGGGCCGCCCAGUACCUGGCCGCCGGCUUUCUGCUUGCCAGCUUCAGCUGGGCGCCAAGCACCUUCGUUUCCGGGCCACGGAGGCCGGAGCGCUGCAGGAGGUCGGCGACAUCAGCGCUGGUGCCUGACGAUGCGGAGGUGGUGCUAGAGGAUGCCGAGGUGGAGGCGGCAGCAGGUCACCAGCACUGCUGCACCAUGGUGUACUUGCACGGUUUCAGCCGCUGUGGCCCUGAGUACCUGCCGAAGGGCCGUUUGGGCUUUUGCAUGCCCUGGGUCCCGGGCGGCGAUCGAGCCAGAGGUUUGCGGGCGGUGCUGCCCACAGCCUCAUGCCUGCGCCAGCCCUGGGGCGAGACUGGCACCUCCUGGUAUGGCUAUGCUGCGCCCAACCACAACCGUGUGGGCGAUGCCGAAAGCUUGCGUGCAACGCGGCGGCGUUUGGACAGCAUGGUCCACGCAGAGGUGGAGCGGCUAGGUGAUGGCCGGCGGCUCUUCCUUGGUGGGGCCUCCCAGGGCUGCGUCAUGGCGCUGGACGUGUACAUCCGGUUGGCAGUGGAGUUGCGGCUGGGGGGCUUCGUGGGGAGCGUGGGCUUUGUGCCCACUGAUUCCAAAGGAUUCACGGGCGCGGACCGUGCGCUGCGGUGCUUACUCGCGGACUCGGAGCAGGCGGUGCGGCCCCUGUGGCUCCAAUGCGCCAUGGAUGACUUCGACGCCGUUCCUUGGAGGAGUGUGGUGGCACCCUCUCUGCGCCGUGCUGAAGGGCUGCCGGGUCUGCAGAUCCGGCAGGUUGCUGGGAGGGGCCAUGGCAUCGAGGAUUGGGAGGCCCACAUCGUCAACGACCUGCUUCGCGCCCAUGCUGCGUACGCUUAUGCGUAA